CUGUCUACACUUUCAGCAUGGGUUCGUUGGUGAUGAAGUGCAUGUUGCUGUGUGCAUUGAUGAAUGGAGCGGUGACGUGCGCCUGUAUGCUGAAGAAUCACACCCUAUGGAUUGAGAGGCACGACGGUGGCCAGUGUGUGGCCAUCAACACUACCAUCUGCAGCGGCUACUGUUACACACAGGACACCAAUUUGAGGGGACGCCUUGGGAGGAGUUUCCUGAUCCAGCGCAGCUGUGUGCCUCUGUCCUUGGUGUACCGAGCCGCCCAUGUGCCAGGCUGCCCCCAGGAUGUCAACCCUCAGCUGUUUUAUCCUGCGGCCAACCGUUGCAGCUGCAGGCGCUGCGACACGCGCACACAUCACUGUGUUCGCAACAGCCGGAUCCCUAAUGACCGGUGCACCGCGACCCUUACUGUAGGCAUACGUAGCCUACACACCGCCGCCGAUUUGAGCUGCAAAAAAGCACCGCGACCCGGUGUGAAGAGCCAGACACCGCUCUCCGUGGGAAGCUAA